AUGUCCAGCGACUCGAAGAUUUGGUUUAACACAAUCUGGAUUGGACAAUAUGUCGAAUUCGAAAAUUCCUCUUCGUGGAAAAUUGUCGAGAAACUCGAAGAAAACGAGACACGUUAUACCAAGGAAGAGUUUGAAGAGAAUAAAUUUUACUCCGAAUCAUGCAGCAUCUUUGUCUGUGAAGAACCUGUGAGCUUAGCUCAGGCAGUUAUGAAGAUCCGAAUGCAGAUUCCAUACAUUGGAGCCGAGUCUGAAUCUCCAGACAUAAGAGCUCAACAAGCACAGGCAGAUAUCCGAGGUCAAACCUUGCGGGAAAUCAAAGCUCUUCAGGGACUGACCAAGGCGAGGUGCUCAUGCACACCAGGAUUUAAAGCUUGGAAGCAUGAAACUCAAAACCGCGACGACUGGGUCCCUGGAGGAUUCAUUGACUACAUUCUGAUGACGAGACUUGAAGGGAAAACAGUUUCACAGGAAUUGGUCCGCGAAUUAGAUAAUGAACAGCAACAGCGGCUGCGAAAAGCAUUCAAAACGUCAUAUAUGGAAUGCCUGGAUUGUGGCUUUUUGAAUAUGGAUAGAGGUACCCGCAACCUUAUAUGGGAUGAGAAAAAUGCGCAAUGCUACAUUGUCGAUUGGGAAACAUGGCGCCGGCGAAAGGCACGUCACAAGUGGGAUGACCCAACUACCGCGAAAAUGGCGAACAGCCAAGGUUUCAUUGUGCUGCCCAAUGCAGUGUCCGAGCGGCUCAUACAGAAUCUGGCUUCUGAAUUAGAUGCGAAUAUCUCAAAUACAGUUCCAACUGCGCGUCUUGAGAAGUAUAACGAGUAUCAAGUCUCGCCUCUAGGAUAUGCAGUCAAAGAUGACUUCAUUAAGAAUUCAGAUAAGAGCCAAUUUGCUUCGUUGUUCCGCUUCAACGCUGUUCCCCAACACCCUGCAUCCACUAAUAUCGGCGUAUUCCACGAAACAAAAGCGGACCCUUCAAAGCUGAAAACCGCAAACGAAGAAGAAGUUUAUGUUACUAUCGCAGUUACGGACCUAGGGCAACAUAAUGAUGAUGUUCUGAAGUAG